AUGAUGAAUUUCUAUAAUCUCUUUCGACGUUUUAUAUUAAUUCAAUCAUUUGUACGUGGUUGGAGAAAUCCAUUUCAUUUACAAGAAAUGUUUACCUAUCGACGUGAAAAAAUUGGUAAACAAAAAGGUAAUCAAAAUUAUAUAAAUGCUCGAUUUCGCUCACCACUUGCCAAUUAUUUACCACAUUUGGUAAUAGCUACAGCUCAUUUUCAACUUGUUCUAUCACGUGAUCAAGGUUUUAGUCGACGAAGGUUAUUUAAUGCAGUCCCAUUAAUCAAUCAAUAUCCUAUAGGUUCAAUUCUUCUUGAAAAUCCAUAUUAUGGUUUAAGAAAACCACCAGAUCUACUUUAUUGGUGUCAAAAAAUGAAAUUAACAUCAGCUAUUCUACAUGGUUUUUCUCUUGGUGGACAUAUGGCUUCAUUAACAUUUACAAAGUAA